UACUUGGAGCGAGUGAGUGAGUGAAUUGCCAAGAAUGUCAAAUUGAGAUUGUCAAGUUUUUAAAAUAAAUACUCAACAAUAGUUACUGUCAUUAAUUACAAUAAUGGCCUAUUUACUCGGACCAGAUUGCGUACGAUAUGUUUGUAAUUGUGGGUCACUGAAACCAAUCUCUCGUAUUUAUUUCUGUCGACAUUGUUUGAAAAUUAGGUGUGGUUACUGUGUUUCUCAUGAGGUUGACUCUCAUUACUGUCCCAAUUGUUUAGAAAACUUGCCUUCGUCUGAAGUGCGACUGAAGAAAAACAAGUGUUCAAAUUGUUUUGACUGUCCGUGCUGCUUUCAAACGCUGACUAUACGAGCUGGUCAUCCACCAGUAAGACCAGCAGUUACUGGUGAAGAUGCCAAAGCAACACCAAAAAAAGUUUACUACUUGUGCUGCUCGUUGUGUCGAUGGAGCUCACGAGAUGCAGGAAUUCCUGAUCAGUUUGUUGCAACUGGAGGUUGGCCGGAGCAGGAAAAUCCUCAUGCUGCUAGAAUAAGUUCACUGAUUGAUUUUCACAAAAUUUUGGCUUCACGUGAACGUCAGAACCAGGAACGUAAAAAGUUUGAUCCGAAAAGAACAUCCUUACAAUUUGAAAAGUUCGGAUUGACAUCUGCGAUGGCUCGUAAACGAGCUGGACUUCCUAUUGUCUCGGAAGCUAAAUGGCAACAAGCCAAUUUCCCUCAGCCUUCGGUUGCUUCGGAAAAUGUUGACGAACUACCGGAUUCUAUUUUUUCUUCUCCAGUUGACAUAACCAAGAUAACGAGACUAGACCAACGACUCCAGCAUCCAGAAGUACAAGCUGAGAAAAUUUAUGAACUAAGACCGCAGCACAAAAAGUUUCCCGUCAAACGGUCACAGAGAUGUCGAGCUUGCGAGCACAAUGUCAGCAAACCUGAGUUUUCUCCUCAGUCUAUUAAAUUUAAAAUUCAACUGGCAGCUUUUUAUCAUGUACCAGAGGUACGAAUUGUUACUUUCCAACCUCUGGAAGUAGGAAAGCCAAGUGAAUUGCUAUUGAAAUUCUGUAAUCCAAGUCAACAUCAAACACAAAUAUUAUUAUUGCCUGAAGAUACUCCACCAACAGCAACUACGACGUCAGCGACUGGAGAAAUGGAAGAACUCAAACGAGAGAAUAUGCAAUUGGGUUGUGAAUCUCCGAAUUUAUUACCAUCAAUAGUCAGACAAGCGUCAGUACUAGAAGAUCCAAAGCCUGUGAAAAUAGUAACUGGAGCAUCUAUUGAAUUACCAACUGGCCCAGUAAUUCUUGCACCCCGUGACGAUGCCGCUGAGUACGACGACGCAGGAGAUACGCAAACAUUUCCAGACGAUCCCAAAUUGGUGGUUUGGCGAAAAGGCAAUAAAGCUGUACUGAAAUUACAAGUAACACCUUACGUUCCUGAGGAAGGCAAAGAAAAUGACCCAAUUAUCGUUGGACUGGUUAUGCAGUACGGAUACAUAAACACAAUAGCAACCCUGGAGCACAAGACGCCGCAAAAAGUUGAUUUGAAAGUUAAAUUAUUUCUUACGCUUGAUAAACUCUGUAAAUCUUAAGCUUGAACAUGCAAAAUAAAAAUAUUAUUUAUAUAGCUAUUUAAUAUUACAUACUAAUUAUUCGUAUUUGUAAUUAAUCACGAUAUAAACGGAAUAAACAGUAAC